AAAUCGCUCUUGGGGUCGCCAGGGGAUUAUGCUACAUUCAUAGCAACGGACUGAUCCAUCAUAACAUCAGAUCCAGAAAUAUUUUAGUUUGUGAUGAUGAAACUGCUAAGAUAUUCAUCCUAGUCUAUGGACUCUAUGCUACUGUAUGGAUUAUUCUGCUGUGAAUAUAAGCCAUCGUAAUCUACACAUUGAUGACAGGCGAGGCGAUGUUUACAACUUUGGUGAGAUUCUCCUUGAGCUCUUGACAGGUAGUACAUUAUAUGAUAACACGCGACGAGAAGAGGGGCAGCAUCUCCUUGUGCCAUGGGCAUUACCACAGCUGUAUUCGAAAAAGGUACACGAGAUUGUGGAUGGUAGAUUAAAAGGAGAGUACCCGCCCGAGGCAGUUAAGAAGAUGGCUCGACUUGCUCAAUUAUGCCUUCAAGAUACAUCUCAUUUUCGUCCAAACAUGGGUAAAGUUGUUCAAGAUCUCGAGUUGUGCCUUUUGCGCUGCCAAAUCACAACACUCACGGAGCUGAAACCAAAUCACAACGCUCGAUGGGACAAAAAUAUUGGAUAUUGAGGAACUCGUGGGGAGCCGAAUGAGGCGAAAAGGGUUACGUUAGAAACUUAGAGUGCAACGCGGGAUGACUAAAUUCU